AUGCAGGUGAAGGGAUUGACGAGCCCGGGCUACUUCGCCGAAUAUACAGUCGUCGAUCCAGCCCGUGCUGUUGUGAUACCCAAGGAGUAUCCCGUUCCCAGCGCAUUGGCACCUUUGUUCUGCGCAGGCAUCACCUUCUGGGAUGCUUUGAACAGAGCCAAAUUACAACCCGGUGAGACAGUCGCAAUUGUCGGUGCUGGGGGGCUCGGAGAGCUGGCUUCUAAAUACGCCCAAGCUUUUGGUGCGAAGGUCAUCGCGCUCGACGUCCAGGACAAGCAGAUCUAG